AUGUCCAAAUACAUAGUGAUUGUUUAUCAUCAUGGUGGUAUUCUAAUCAGAGAUGAAGAUGGAGUGAUGACCUAUAUAAAUGGAAGGGUGGACUCAUUGCCAGAGAUGGACAUUGACUACUGCAAUAUCUGUGACCUUGACACCCUGUUUAAGCAAUAUGGGUAUGAAAAAUGCAAGAGGAUGAUGUGGCUACAACCUGGGGUACCCGAUUUGGAACAAGGGCUCAGACCUCUUAGUACAGAUUCAGAUGUGUGUGCCAUGUGUGAGGCUGCUUUAGGGAAUGUCAAUGAGAUACAUGUCUACUUUGAGGACUGCAUCUCAAUUCCUGAGUUUGCUUCACCUCAACAUGACAGUGAAGAGGAUAAUGUCAUUAAUUCAGCACAUAAUGAGGACCAUGAAGAGGUUGAUAAUGGGGUCAAUUCACAUGAAGGGUGUGCACAAGGUGAUGAUGGGGUCAAAGAAAAUGAAGAUCAUGCACAAGCUUCUGGUGACCUGAAUUUACAUGAUGAUGGGAUCAAAGAAAAUGAAGACCAUGCACAGGCUGCUGAUGGCUUGAAUUUACAUGAUGAUGGGAUCAAUUCGGACCAUGAUGAAGAAAGUGCAGAGGAUGCUGGUAAUGGUUUUGAAGAUGAUAGUGCAGAUGAUGACCAUACUUCCUCACACUUAGAUUCAUAUGAGAGUGCAGAGGAUGAGGUUUACAAGGUCAGAGUAAGGGCCAAAUGCAGUGUAGAAGACUGUGAAUGGAUGGUGUAUUGUUCCUGGAACACCAAGCAAAGCACAUUCCAAGUUAAGACUUUUAACGAGACUCAUACAUGCUGUAGAGUUUUCAAGAACAAAAGGGCUACACGAGAUUGGGUUGCCAAGAAAUUGGAGAAGAGAAUACUAACACAGCCCAAGAUGACCAAGACAGAGGCAUUUGAGCACAUGAAGGAGGAAUACAAUGUUCAUUUGGAUAUGAAGAAAGUAAGCAAGGCUUUGAAAAAAGCAAAGGGAACCAUUGAAGGUUGUGAGAAGGAACAAUAUGGAAGACUAAGAGAAUAUCUGGCUGAGCUGUUGAGGAGCAACCCUGGCUCCAGUUGCAAAUUGCAAGUCACCCCCCAACCUAUUCCACAAGCAUUGCCAAUAUUUGACCGAAUGUACAUCUUCCUUGAUGCUUAUAAGAAGGGCUUCAAAGAUGGAUGCAGGCCCUUAAUUGGGUUGAAUGGUUGCUUUUUGAAGGGCUAUUAUGGAGGUCAAUUAUUGAGUGCUGUGGGUGAAGAUGCAAACAAGCAAUUUUAUGUGAUUGCCUAUGCCGUGGUUGAUAGUGAGACAAAGGAUAAUUGGAAGUGGUUUUUGACCUUAUUACAGGAAGAUUUAGGGGAUCAUGGAGUAUUUGGUUGGAACUUCAUAUCAGAUCAACAAAAGAUUGUGUUGGUCUUCAUGACUGUAUUCAAUGCUGAAAUUUGUAAAUGUUGCUCCAAACCAUGUAUCUACUUAUACACUUUCUGGUUUUUGUCAACAAUGGGACUUGUCCCAGCCUUGAAGGAAAUUAUGCCAGGUUCACACCACAGGUUCUGUGUACAACAUGUAUGGAAGAACUUCAUCAAGCAAUGGAAGGAUAAAGAGACAAGAGUCAUUGUGUGGGAAUGUGCUAGAUGCACCACUGUUCCCCAAUUUGAGAAGGUCAUGCUAAAGCUCAAGACUCUAAACGAACCAGCUUGGAAGUAUCUUGACAAUAUACACCUUUCAUGUUGGGUUAAGGCCUACUACAGUCACUGGCCUAAAUGUGACAAUAUAACGAAUAAUAUGCCUGAGGUGUGGAAUGCAAAGAUUGUGAAUUAUAGGUCCAAACCUAUAAUGACAUUAUGUGAGGAAUUGAGGUGCUACAUAAUGCGAAGGAUGGCAGCACACAAGAGGAUUCUACAAACCUUUAGGGGUAAGAUUGCACCUGCACAGCAGAAGAGGCUGGACCAGUUGAAGCUGACUGGAUUGCCUUGUGAACAUGCCAUUGCUGCCAUUGCACACAAGAAUGAACCUGUGGAAAAUAAUGUUCACCAAUGGCUGACAGUGGAUGUUUUGCAUGCCACUUAUGAACACACACUUAACCUAGUCAAUUCCCAACAAUAUUGGCCAGCUUGUGAUGCCCUAAAACCACUUCCUCCACGCUUGAAAAUGCCUAUUGGACGUCCAAAAAAGCAUCGCAAGAAGGAUCCCACUGAAGAGCUUAUGAAGACCAACAAGAAGCUUAGAAAGACUUACACGGUUCAAUGCUCCAAGUGUGGUGAGACUGGUCAUUACCCGAAGACAUGUAAGGGACCUGCUGGUGGAUCAAAGUCAAAGACAAAACCGGUUAAUGUUGAAGUAGGCCAGUCAAGGACAGUUGAAGAAAUCAUCAUGAGCAUGAGUCAGGGCUGCCCUGCACUAGAGACAAGCAGCUAG